AAAAUUUGUUUUGUUUUUUUUUUAAUUUUGCUUGAAAUUGAUUGUUUUCGUUUUUCGAAGCACUGAGAGACUGUGGAAUGAACCGCGAAGCAGCCACAGCAUGCAGAUGACAGAGUUAAAUUAGGCAGUAAACAAAACUACAAGCACUUUCGGCCAAAUCAAAUACAAAAUUCAAUUGUUCAAGGUAAGCGUUAAGUUGAGGCAGGACRGGACAGGACAGGACAGGGCAGGGCAGGACCGGCGAAGCGAGCAGCUCAGCAGAGGGUAAAGGGCAGAGGGCAGAGGGAUGCGCGAAAUUGUGACGCUGCAGAUUGGGGGCGCUGGCAAUGCCAUUGGCGAUGCGUUCUGGCAUGUGAUCUCGCAUGAGCACGGCGUGGACUAUGCGUCGGGUCGCUUUGGCGGCACCAGCCAACUGCAACUGGAGCGGAUCAAUGUGUUCUUCAAUGCAACGGCCAGCAAGCGAUUCUAUGCCCGAUCCAUACUCAUCGACACGGAGGCGAGCACCGUACAGCGCCUCAGCUCCAGCAGCCAGCUGUAUCGGCCGGAGAAUUUUGUGGCCGGCAGCGAGAGCGCCGGCAACAACUUCGCGCGCGGCUAUCACACGGACGGAGCGGCCAUCCUCGACCAGGUGCUGGACAAUACGCGACGCGAGGUGGAGUCCGUGGACUCGCUGCAGGGCUUCCAGCUGCUGCACUCGAUUGGCGGCGGUACCGGCUCCGGCCUGACGUCGCUCAUCAUGGAGGCCCUGGUGCAGCAGUACCCGGACAAUCUGCUCUGCAACUAUGUGACCAUUCCCUCGCCGAACAUGUCCCAGGUGGUGGUCGAGCCGUACAAUGCGCUGCUCAGCAUUCCGGCGCUGGUGAACAACUCACAUCUGACGUUCUGUCUGGACAACGAGGCGCUCUUCCAGAUCUGCAAUCGCAAUCUGAAGAUCCAGAUGUCCGGGCACGAGCACAUCAAUCACAUUGUCGCCCUCACCAUGUCGGGCAUAACCACCUGUUUGCGUUUUCCCGGCCAGCUGAACGCCGGCCUGCGUAAGAUCUAUGUGAAUAUGGUGCCCUUUCCCCGUCUACACUUCCUCAUACCGGGCUUCGCGCCGCUGGUCACCUGCAAGCAGCAGCAGUUCAGCAAGGGCACCGUCGCCGAGCUGGUGCAGCAGAUCUUCUCCAGCAACAAUCUGCUCUGCGCCGUCGAUCUGCGCAAGGGCAAGCUGCUGACGGCCGCCGGCAUCUUCCGCGGCCGCAUGUCGCCCCGCGAGGUCGACCAGCUGAUGACCGGCGUGCGCAACAAGAAUAUCAACAACUUCGUCGACUGGAUACCGAACAACAUCAAGACGGCCAUCUGUGACAUUCCGCCGCGUGGGCUGAAGAUGUCCGCCACCUUCAUUGGCAACACGACGGCCAUUCAGACGCUGUUCCAGCGCCUGCUCGAUGGCUCCAUAGCGAUGCUGCGCCGCAAGGCCCAUCUGCAUUGGUACACCGGCGAGGGCAUGGAGGAGCGCGAGUUCACCGAUGCCCAGGAGGAGCUGCAGAACAUCAUCGAGGACUAUCGCGGCAGUGGCGACAGCGGCGAGGGCGGCGGCGGUGGCGGAGGCGGCGGCUCCAAUGAUAACGAUAGCAUGGACGAGGCCGCUGCCAAUGGACCCCAAUGCACCUACUGUGCGGAAUGAGCCGUAAUCCAUUGUUGUUGUUGUGUGGCAUUCCGCUGUGCUUGGGUCGAAUCUCUUGGCUAACACUUGGCAAUUGGCCGUUGACUCGACAUUUCAAUUCAAUCCGAUUCAAUCCAAUUCAAAUGAUGCACUGCAUCCUAUUUAUAGCCGGCCAAAGUUCGAUGCGUUUAGAGUUCAGCGCACCAGCCAGUGCUGAUGUGUAUUA